CAUCGUAUACAUAUGACUAUAUAUAUAUUUUCGUUUGCUGUGUUAAUUUGUAGUACGUACAAUCCAUGCACCAUGAAGAUCGUGUACUUGUGGCUUCUGGGAAUGAUUUUCUACAAUGGGCGUUUUAUUAGCACCGGUACGGCUGCUUCUCCAAGACCGGAUGUCGUUAACAUUGGGGCCAUUUUGUCCUUCAAUACUUCCGUUGGGAAAGUUGCAAGACUAGCAAUAGAACUUGCAGUCGAUGAAGUGAAUUCCAGAACAGAUGUUCUCAAUGGAACUAAGCUAAAACUUGCGAUGCAGGAUACAAAAUUAUCUAGCGGAUUUCUGGGAAUUGUUGAGGCUCUGCGGUUUAUGGAGAACGAUACAGUGGCCAUAAUUGGUCCCCAGCAAUCAGUUAUGGCUCAUAUAAUUUCACAUAUUGCGAAUGAGCUCCAAGUCCCUCUAUUAUCCUUUGCCGCAACAGACCCUACCUUGAAUUCACUUCAGUUCCCUUACUUUGUUCGAACAACGCAAAGCGAUGACUUCCAGAUGGCAGCCGUGGCAGAUAUUGUUGGCUACUACGAAUGGCGAGAUGUAAUAGCAAUCUAUAUUGAUGAUGAUCAUGGCAGAAAUGGGGUUUCUGCAUUAGGGGACAAGCUAGCUGAGAAGCGUUGUAAAAUCUCUUACAAAGCACCUAUGAGCCCCAAAUUAAGUAGUGUUGAAAUCAAAAAUGCACUUUUUAAGGUUGCUUUAAUGGAGUCUCGGGUCAUUAUCCUCCACAUUUAUGCUACCUGGGGUCUAGAUGUACUUAAUGUGGCCCGGGAACUGGGAAUGAUGCGAAGUGGAUAUGUGUGGAUAGCCACCGAUUGGCUCUCCACAGUACUUGACACGGAAUCUUCCCUGACUUCAGCGGCAGUGGACAGUAUUCAAGGGGUUCUUACGUUGCGCAUGCAUAUGCCGGAUUCAGAACCCAAAAGAGAACUUUUUAAAAGGUGGAACAAUUUGACUGCAUCAAAUACAGAAAACAGUCGUUUUGGACUAAAUACUUAUGGUAUGUACGCCUAUGACACUGUUUGGCUUCUUGCUCAUUCACUUGAUAAAUCUAAAUCAGGGGGGAACAUAUCCUUUUCAAAUGAUACAAGUUUGACCGAGUUUCACGGAGGAAGAUUGCAGUUUGAUGCUAUGAGUAUCUUUGAUGGAGGGAACCUGUUGCUUAGUAGCAUUUUAAAGGUUAAUACAACAGGUGUAACUGGCAAACUAGAGUUCACUUCAGAGGGGGACCUCUUUCACCCUGCAUACGAAGUCAUCAAUGUCAUUGGCACAGGAAUUAGGACAAUUGGUUAUUGGUCCAAUUCUUCAGGCUUAUCAGUUUUGUCUCCAGACAAAUACAACGCACAUGACCCCAAUACUUCCAGCUCAAAACAGAAACUAUAUGGCGUAAUCUGGCCUGGCCAAACCACUCAAAAGCCUCGUGGGUGGGUUUUCUCAAGCAGCGGAAGGCAACUUCGCGUUGGAGUGCCAAACCGUGUUAGUUAUCGUGAGUUUGUCUCGCGGAUAGAGGACUCUGAUUCGUAUGGUGGCUUUUGCAUUGAUGUAUUUAAUGCUGCAAAGGACGAAUUACCAUAUGCAGUCCCAUACAAGUUCGUUCCAUUUGGGGAUGGACAUAAGAAUCCAGUAACCUCAGAUCUUUUGCAACUGAUCACAACUGGUGCCUUGGAUGCUGUGGUUGGCGACAUUACAAUUACCACAAACCGGACAAAGAUGGUGGAUUUUACGCAGCCAUAUAUCGAGUCUGGGCUAGUAGUAGUGGCCCCAGUUUCAAAGUUGAACUCUAGCGCUUGGGCUUUUCUGAGACCUUUUACUCCAAUGAUGUGGUGUGCCACAGGUGUAUUUUUCCUUGUUGUGGGAGCAGUUGUAUGGAUCUUGGAGCGCAGGACGAAUGAUGAGUUUAGGGGCCCUCCCAGAAGACAAUUUGUCACCAUCAUAUGGUUUAGCUUUUCAACAUUGUUUUUCUCUCACAGAGAGAGGAUCGCAAGCACUCUGGGUCGGUUUGUGCUGAUAAUAUGGCUGUUUGUAGUUCUAAUACUGAACUCGAGUUACACAGCAAGCAUGACAUCAAUCCUGACAGUGGAACAAUUAUCAUCCCCAGUGAAAGGGAUCGAAAGUUUAGUAACAAGCAGUGACCCAAUCGGCUUCCAGAGAGGUUCAUUUGCUGAAAAUUAUUUAACAGACGAGCUCAACAUACACAGGUCCAGACUAGUUCCUCUGAAUUCGAUUGGAGAAUAUGAGAAAGCAUUGAGGGACGGUCCCAGUAAGGGUGGAGUUGCUGCAGUGGUUGACGAGCGUGCAUAUAUGGAGCUCUUCCUUUCCACCAGAUGUGAAUUUGGUAUAGUUGGUCAAGAAUUCACCAAAAUGGGCUGGGGUUUUGCAUUUCCACGAGACUCGCCACUAGCAAUUGACAUGUCAACAGCGAUCCUAACACUGUCAGAGAACGGGGGUCUACAAAGGCUUCACGACAAAUGGCUCACAAGAAGUGCAUGCAGCUCUGAAGGUACAAAGCAAGACGUCGAUCGCCUACAAGUCCAAAGCUUCUGGGGACUCUUCUUACUCUGUGGCUCCGUUUGUCUUCUUGCUCUCCUUUUUUAUCUCAUCAAGAUGAUACGUGAGUACAUGAGGCAUUAUUCCGGGCAGAUCAUCAGCCCCCAAUCUGGGCGUCUCCAAUCCUUCCUUUCAUUUGUUAAAGAAAAGGAAGAUCAUCAUGAUCAUCAUGAGGAAGCUGCAGCAGGAAAAGGCGAGUUCAAAAGUUCAAGGCCAAUUAGGGAUCAGAGGGUCUCCAGUAAUGGAAGAGUGCAUGGAGAUGAUCGUGAUGACUCUGUAGUAAACGGUUCCCAUGCAUGUUAGUUUUUAUAUAUAUACAUAUAUAUGCUGGAUGUAACAUAAUUUACUUCCAGCAAUAUGCUUUUACUACUUCUGGAUCAAGCUCUAGCAAGUUAAUAAACUUUUUAACUUUCCCU